UUAAAAAAUAUUCUUUAUUGUUUGGCAACAGUCUUAUUUGUUUACUUGAUUUUAGAAUUAAAUAUAGAUUCUUAUAUCAAAUCUCUUUUAAAGUUUAUUGUUCUCUUAAUUGGGUGAAACAAGAGGUUAAUGGAUUUGCAAGAAUAAUAACGUAUCAUUAGAAAAGUAUGGCUGAUGAUCCAGACAGAGAUAUUAUUCCUACGAAAGAAGUAAAACAUUUGUCCCAAACUCAAGAUUAUAAACACUCUCCUGAUAAAAAAUUUGUCACCCAUUUAUCAAAAAAUGAUUUAGAAGAUCAAGUUUAUAAGUGCAAAGAAGAAAACUAUGCACUCAAGAAGGCUGCCAAAAAACAGGAAGAAGAUAUAAAAAAAUUGACUACUAAAUUGAACCGUUUAACACGGGAAAAGAAAAGCAUUGACUCUAUGAAUAGUCCAGGCCACAAACGAGAUCUUGAAUUAGAAGAAUUGGUUGAAGACCUUCAAGAUAAAGUUCGUCAGUUGGAAAGAUCUAAUAAUCAAUGGAGAGAAAAGGCACUAGUUGCAAAACAGCAAGUAAUCCUGCAAAAUAGACGACCAAAUCCAUAUAAUCAUGUUCCUCCUAGAGUUAAUUCAGGAGUUUACAAAUCGAUGUCCUCUCCUUAUAUAUCCUCCAUGAGCGUUCGAGGGAAAAAUCAAAUUCUGCAAAAUGCAAUUAAAAAACCAACUUCAACACCGAUACCGCCUUUUGCAAUGAAUUUAUUAGAAGAAGCCAGAAAUGAAUUAUCAAAUUUAAAAAUGUUGAUGUCUAGUCAAAAAUCAGAAAUUGAAAUGUAUGAACAAGAAAAUGACAUUCUCAAGCAAAAGAUGAGAAUGCGAGAAAUAGAAUUUGAAGAUGAAAUUAAUUCAUUAAAAUCCCAGUUAACUCAACGACAAAGGCAGCAUGUGCAAGAAAAUUUAGACCUGAUUAGGUUACAUCGAGAAAUUCAGCAGAAAAAUUCCAAAAUUGUAAGCAUCCAAACACAAUAUGGUGACUUAGAAGAGAAGCUAAAGCUUUUUACAUUAAAGCAUGAUCAUAUGGUCAAAGACUUGGAGGACUUAGAGCUGAGAUUCCAAGCUGAGCAAACAAAGAAUAUGAAUCUUACAAGUGAACUGCAAAAAGCUGAAGCUAAUAUUUCUGCUUCCAUGGAGCUGCAAGAAAAGAUCAAGUCAUUGUUGAAGGAAAACGAUGUGCUACGGGAAACACAUGAUAAAUUAUUACAAAAUGCUCUGGUUAUUGAAAAAAAUAAAUCUUUUAAUCAAAUUGAAGAAAUAUUAAAAGGAAAGAUCACCAAUUUAGAAUCCAUGUUAGAAAUUCAAUUAAAAGCCAAAAGUAUUGCUGAAGAAGAAUUAAAUAAAGAGAAAGAGAGAUUCAAAUCAAAAGAGGAAGCUUAUGACCAGCUACAAGACCAUGUAAAACAUAUGGAAUCUCAUAUACAAAAUUUAGAAUCUAAAAUUGAUUUUGUAAAAUUGGAAGGAAUAGAUUUUGAUGAUCUUGAAAGAGCAAUUCAUCUUUUUAAGCAAAGCAAGGAAAAGCCAUCUUAUGCACCUGAAGUAAAUAGCUCAAACGGUACAAAAGAUACCACCAGCAAACCUACCUCACCUCUCGCUACUAACAGUCCACAAUACAUCAACUCGAAGCACUCUCCAGCACAUUAUGCUAGUGAUGAGUCAAACCAGUUGCUGUUAGCAGAAGCUGCUAAAGAAAUAGAAGAUCUAAAAAUGAAGUUAUCAGAUUAUGAAGUGAAGAAUAGUGCCCUUUAUGAAGAAUUACAAAAUUUGAAAGAUAUGUUUCAGACACAACAGAACCUAACUGAAGUUUCACAAGAAAAAGUGCAGUCUUUAACAAACAGUCUCAAACAGCAAGAAAUAGAAUUUCAGUCGAAACUUAAAGAGCUUUCUCACUUGCUUGAUAUCAGAGCUACACGAAUUCAAAAACUAGAGAAACAGUUAAAUGAUAUUGCAUAUGGGACUAAUACAUUUUCAAUGCCACCAACUAAUGAAGGAGAAAAGCCCAGUCCAAUUCAGUUAAGUCGGGGUGAAAAUGUAUUUGAAAUCCAUAUUGAUAAGAUAAAAUUUACUCUCAUGGGAAAAAGAAGUUUCUUUAGUCCCACGUCUAGCAUAUUUUUAACAUGGAGUUUUUAUGAAUUUGAACUUCAAUCUACUCCUUUAGUUUCAUCUGAAAAACCAGAUGUUAACUUCACUGCACAAUAUACAGUUCAAGUGGAUGAUUAUUUUCUUAGUUAUUUACUUGAUGGUACUGUUAUUUUAGAACUACAUGAAUCUUUAGGAGUGGAUUACAGAACCCUUUCAUCUUGUCACAUAAAUCUUUCUGACAUUUUCAAAGAAUCUGUGACAAAAAUGCAUGGCACUACUACAUUAAUGGGUGAAGGAUCAGUCGAAUUUGGAUCUGUUGAAUACUGGGUGCAAUUAAAGAUUCCCAUGAAAGAAGCUUUCAAGUUCUUUAAAGAAAAAAUGAAAGCUUUGAAAUACAUUCACAGUAAUAAGCAAAUUUCUACAACAGCUAUACAACUUUUAGGACAACCAUAUGACAAGGAUUCUCAAGUUAAUCAACUGCAUGUAAAAAUACUGAGAGCCAUGAACCUAAAACCUAGACAAAAAGAUCUUCAACCCUCUGCUUAUUGUGUAUAUAAAUUUUAUGAUUUGCCUGAUCAAGACACCGCUAUUGUUCCUGCCUCUAACAACCCGGAGUUUAUGGACCAUCAUACUUUUACUUUGUAUAUUGAUCCUGACAUUGAAAAAUAUUUAAAAAAUGAAAAUUUGGAUGUAUAUGUUUUUGAUGACAAUGAUCCAGAUAUAAAUACCUAUAUUGGGAGAGUUUCUAUACCGCUCUUUCCUCUGGUGCAGAAUGAAUCAAUUAAAGAAAUAUUCCAAUUGCAUAAGCCAAAUGAUGACACUGUUUCUGGAUCCAUUGAAAUAGCUAUGUAUUGGCAGCAUGACUAUCAGCCUGCAACAUCUGACACAUCUACAAUAGGCAGUGCUCAGCAGAGAGAGCAACUGAUGAAAGCAAUAAGCGAAGAAAAUAAAUCCAGCUCUGAUGAAGAAAUGACUGCUGCUGAGGAACCUAUGCUUGAAUAUUCAGUCUCAACUCCACCUGUACCUAAACCAAGGACACUCCCAACAAAACCAGCUAUGUCAACUCCUAUUUCUAAACAGUCAGAGUCAUCUUCACAUGUAAGCUCAAAUAAUGGCAAUGAUGCUCUUAUACUCGACUCUCUGCCAGUUUCUCCUAUUCAACACGCUGAUUCUGAAAAAAUUCCGAAACCUGCUGAAAGAAAGUCUAAACCUCUGAAUGAUGAAAAUACUCAAAUAGUGCAGAACUUUCAAAGAAUAAAAAAACUAUACAAUGAAGAUUUAUCAGAUGGCUUGUCUGAUUCUGAAAAGAAAACAUCAUUUGAUGGUGAAAGCGACGAAGAUAAGCAUGAUAUGGGAUAUAGCUACAGUGAGGAAUCUGAUAGCGAGACAGAUGCUUAUUCACAACAUCUUAUUAAAGCACCAAUCAGCCAUGUGCCUUCUAUUACAGUAUUAAUAUCUUACCUCACCAUACGAAAAGAAGCAGCAGUUUUGCUUGAUUCUAGGGUUAAAUUAUUGUAUGUAGACUAUCAGUUUCUAAAUUAUCCUCUUGAAGAGCUUGAAACUCCCAUCUCCCUGCCAAAGAAAGCUUAUCCUGAAAAGAUUGAAUAUAAUUUUAAAAAAGUCUUUACUUUGGAGCCAGCUAAUUUGGAGAAGUGGAAUUUACUGUUGAAAAUGAUUGCUUCGGAAUCUCCUGGAUCAAGCUUGAUAAAAUUUACUGUUGUUAGUGAGCCUCCACCAGAAGAGCAAGACUUAGAUUGUGAAGAUGUUGGCUAUGGCUCUGUUGAUCUUCGUGAGAUCUUGAAAGAACAAAAAGACAAAAUUCAUGAAGAUAUCCUAAUCUAUGAUGCCACAAAUUCAAGUAAAGUGAUAGGAGCUCUGAAUAUCAGUAUUCAGGCACUUGAAGCAUUGUCAUUUUUAAAAACAUUUACUAUGCCAUCAUCACUCAGAAGUUAAACUUGCAGUUAUAUCAAAGUCAUAAAUAGAACUACUAUUUAAAUCUUAUUACCGUCCAUAUUCAUAAAAGAUUCUUUGUUGUAUGUGCUUAAUAGCAAUUGCCAAAUUUGUGUUCAAAAAUUUAAUUAUGUAAAAGAACGCAGCAUUUAAAAUGUCAUGUUUCAAAAUUUCACCAAUUUGACUUGUUAUAGGCAAGCAAAACUUAUAUUAAAACUUUAAUUGUAAAUUGAAUAUGUUCUAUUCUAAAAUGGCUUGAUUAUAGACCUAGAAAAGCUUAAAAAUUAUUAAGUUUGUUUUUCAUAUUCAAGCAAAGCUUUUAUUAAAACUUUAAUUAUAAAUUGAAUAUGUUCUGUUCUAAAAUGGCUUGUUUCCAAUCCUACAAAAUGUUAAGUAUUAAGUUUUUUUUUAACGAUGCGUAUGUGUUUAAAUUUUUAAUCCUUAAAAUUCAUUAAAAAGCUUAUUUAAUAUAAUUAUUUAAAAUUUUGACAAUCAGUAAAAGUGCCAUUUCGCGUGUACAAAAUCUAAAAUUUGCACCAUUGCCAACUUCAAAAUAAUUUAAAAAUUAACAAUUUUGCUCAAUUGCAACCUUUUUAAAAGCAAUCAUGAAAAUUCAAAACCAAUAUAUAUACUUUAAAUGCUGUAUAUGUAUUAUGCACAAGUAAGCAAUGUACAAAAACAAAUUUGGCAAUCGUUGAUUUUAAAUUGUGUGUACUUAAUUUUUUUUAUACAUUUUAUAUUUAUAUCAAUAAUAUUUAUGUACAGUUAUUUUUCUAGUCAUUUGCAAAUAUAUGUCAUACAUUACAAAUCAACUAUAGUCAUUUUAUUGAAAUUAGUGCAUUUUUAUAUUAGGAAAAUAAGAAUCAAAUCUAUUACAUUGAGCUCUCAUUAAAAUUGUUAUGCAGAUCUAAAAUGUUUGUAUUGAACAUAGGACUUUCAAAAGUUUUUUUAAGAAAAAAUUAAUUAUGUAAAUAUUUACUUGUAUUAUUAAAUCAUUUUCUUUCCAUUUAAUUCAGAUGAAGACACAUUCAGCCCUGAUACAUACAAGUUCUAAAUUAAUAUUUUCUAUAUAAAUGUUAAAACUAGCUUUCAUAUAUCAAAUGAAGUACAAACGUUUGCUGGCUAAUAGUUUCUUAAUCAAAAUAUGUCAUAUUUUUUUCAAAAAUAUAAGUGUAAAGUUAAAUUAUAAGAACAAUUUAAAAAAUGUACUGCAAUCCCAUUAGCCAUGAAAUUUAGACCAGUAAAAAAAUGAAAUGUUACUAUACAGUUUCUGAAUUAUUAUCAAUCAUAAACAUAUGUAAUAGUUGAUGAUGCAUUUAUUUAAAGAAAAAAAAUAGAGUAUUUUAAAGUGUCGGGUUAAAAUAACCUCUGCUUGAGAUUAUUUUGACCCAGUCAUUUUAUUUCACUGGUAUUACAUUGUACUUUAUACAUUAGACCAAUGUGCCUCCUUCAUAUUAGUUAUUUUAGCUCUUAGGUAAAUGAAUUUAAAGUGUAAUUUUAUCAAAAGAUUUUACCAUCAAAAUAAUCAUUUCAACGAUAGAAAUAAAGCUGAUUUUAAUAUUAUAGCUCAUUCAUAAGUUAUGGACAAAACUUUCAAUUAUCUAGGAAAAUCAGGGUUCCUACACGGUCCUGACUUUUUAGCUUAAUUUUAGAAUAGCCUGCAAAAGUCAGGAUAUUCUAAAAUUAAGCUAA